UCAGUGAAAAUGAUGUUUAUUUUUGGUGUUGUUUUCCUCGACCCAUUCUACUGGUGGAUUUUAUUUGCAAAACAACCUUUGUUAGCACCAGAAGUGAUAGUGAGAAACAUCGGAGACACAUCUUCUGUUCAGUUCAACAGUGAAACUUGAGUGACAAUUGGAAAUCCUUGAAGUGGAAAAUCUGACGUGAUUCUUUGUACUCUCAACAAUCUCAACCGAGUUCGCUACAUUGUCUCCUGCGUGACAUUCAACAAGUGGCAACGAUGAUCAAGUUUCAAGUGAUCUUCCUCCUCCUGGCUCUUGCCGUGGCUGUGCCUGCCAGGCAGCUGAUCCAGGGAAGAUAUUCAGCACUGUUUGAUGACGAUGAUUUCGAUAUUGAGAACGAUCUCUUUGUGCCACCAUACAAAGACUAUCCGGCAAUGGCGAGAUUUCUUGUCCAUGAACUCGAUUGGACUGCAAUGGGCACAAUUUCCACUCUGAACUCCAUCAAGGGCUUCCCAAUGGUCAAUGUAAUCUCAAUAGCCGACAGCGCGCGCGGAGACAAGUCUACAGGACGCAUCUUCUUCUACCUGACUGAUUUGGACUUCACGGGAAUCGAUCUGAAGUCGUCGAAUCGCUUGACUGCACUCUUCUCCAUGGAGCAGAGCCGAAAUUGCUCGGACAACAACACAGACGCCAUGGAGCCCACCUGUGCUCGCGUCAUGGUGUCCGGCAAGGCUAGACAAUUGUCGAAGGACGAUGCAGACUAUGACUUCGCCAAGAGUGCCAUGUUCAGCAGACAUCCAGCGGCCAAAAAGUGGAUUAGUACUCACAAUUUCUACCUCUGCGAGCUGGAAAUCAGUCAGAUUUGCGUGUUGGACUACUACGGAGGUCCACACUAUGUCACUGCUGAGGAAUACUACAAAGCAGAUCCCGAGAAAGUGUUCGGCACAAAACUGACACCCUACAAUGACUACAAUCUACAGAAUAUUGAUGAUGAACUGGAGAGACCGCAUCACAAGAAAUCCCGAUCGCUUCACAUUAAAGUGCGUCGCGAUGUAGAUGAAAUUAACAUCGAGGUGUAA